AUGGACAAAACAACCACCCCCGAAAGCCUCUACCACAUCCUCCUGACAACCUCGCACAUGGGCAAAAACCCUAACAACGUCGUCGAAAAAGUGCGUAUCCCGGGGACAUACACCUCGCUCCUCGCCGCAAAGUCAGCAGCGCACAGCUGUCUCUACGAGGCGGGCUACGAACAGGACUGGUUCGAGCACUACGAGACCAAACCCUCCCUGCUCGAGAAGCAUAACGGCACGCCGCAUCUGGUCGUCUACGCCACUGCGCCUGAUGGGACGGCGUUCCGGGUGCGCAUUGAUACGACUCCGAAUGAGAGAAAACUGACGAGUGAUCUCGCGGAUGGGAGGGUUGGGGUCCCGCUGUAUUAUGUUGUGCAGGCGGCGGUGGAAUAUACGGGGGACGAAGGAGGUGUAGUCCGGGAUAUCAAUGUGCAGGGGACGUUUGGGACUUAUGAAGAGGCGAGGAAGUUUGCGAGUGCUGUGUUACUUUCUAGUAAGGAUGGAGUUACGAGGGAGAGCUUUGCGGAGUAUACUGAGGCUGGGCCUGAUGAGAGGGAUUGUGGGUAUGGGGAUAAUGUGAUUGUGCAUGCGGCGUCGGACUAUGGGACGAACUAUUUGGUGAGUGUGGUCAAGACUCAGGAGCUGGAGGCUGUGAAGAUUGCAGAGGCGGCGAUGAAAAUUGGUUGA